CCUUUCCCAGGUCCCUUCCUGUUACAUUGUAUUUAAUCCUGUCACCCUGCCGAAAAAGCCUCAUCUCCAAGACGUAGAUGUAAGACGUAACGCCAUCGUCGAACCGGACAAAGCCACACAGUUCCUGCCGUCUGUCUUCACUACGCUUGUCCUACGCAGUAGACCUGCCCCAUGUCGGACGUCGAGACUGCUCUCCAGCUGGAGAAGGCGAAAGCCUCACAGGGGAAAAUUCCCGCUGGCCUCUCGUUCGACAAGCUAGUGAAGAACCAGACACUAUCUCCGUUCUCCCUGAAUGAUUUUAUGGACUAUCUGUUCUACGUGGAGCACAGCGCCGAGCCGUUACAGUUCUUCCUCUGGUAUUGUGACUACGUCCAGCGAUGGAGCAAUCUGUUACCCAGACAGAAGGCCCUCGCGCCCAUCUGGGAUCCCGAGACCGCUUCGGAGCCCCGUUCGCGAUACAUCACAUACAGCCACAAGAGAGCGAGGAGCGAGAAGAUGAACAAGAUCAUCUCCAUCAUGGAGAUGGCGAAUAGCGACCAGGGAUCCGAGACAGACGAGACCUACAGCCACACAAGAGACGGGUCUUCUACCUCGAAAGUCUCGAGGGCACGCACAUCUUCCGGGUCUUCAAUAAUGAGUCCCACUGACUGUAAGGAUGACUGGCAACCAUUCACCGUGCAGCCCUUCCGAGACGAGGUGAGCCGCAUCGCAAGACACUACAUCGCCGAGUCCGGGCCCCGGCGGCUCAAUCUUGUCCAGCAAGACCGGGAGCGCUGCCUCCACGCAGUUCAGCACACCACCCACCCCUCGGCCCUCCUACCCGCCUUCGUCGUGGCCGAGGCCAUGCUCAAGGGCCAAUCGCACCCCAACUUUGUGCGCUGGAGCAUGUCCAACAGCAACCGGCCCCGCGUUAUCUUCCUCCGCGUCGUCGGCCUCGCCUUCAUCGCCCUCGGCCUGGGCCUCGACGUCUUCCUCAUACUGUCCGGGCUCAACCACUUCCUCCGCAUCCUCUGCAUCGCGCUCCUCUGGCCGGGCCUCACCGUCGCCAUCUCCGCCUUCCGCGGUAUAUCCAUCCUCCUCCACCUCAAGAACGUCCGCCACCUGCGGCCGUGGGAGCAAUUCGGCGACCUAGAGCACCACACCGACUACGACCGCAAGGACGUGGAACCGCCGUGGCCCGCCCCCGCCGACGACAACGACCCGCACCCGCACCCGCCGCCGCCAGUAGCCGGCGGCGGCGGCGCCGCGUACCGGCAGCACUCGCGCAAGGACACGAGCUCCAGCGUCGGCAGCGCCUUCAGCCGGAUCGACCCGCUGCGCAAGUCGAGCCUGCAGACGUUCGGCCCCGGAAACGACCCGGGCUCGGAGCCGUGGGUGGGCCGGUACGCGGCCAAGCCGCUGCGGGAGCGCGUCUUCGAGGCCGCCACGCCUGUGCAGAACCAGAGCCUGCAGCUGCUGCGCGACAGGGCCGUCUUCCUCGCCGUCCUGUGGGGCGGCUUGGUGUCGUCAGCCGUGGCUGUCGCGUCGCUCUUCGUGCCCUCGGAGGGGCUUUUCUUGUGAGGUCGACGUUCAAAAGGGGGGGUUGCUUGCUGGAAAGGCAUUUUUUUUCCUUCUUUCUCGCCCUUCUGGGAAGGCCUCUUUUUGAUUGCUCUUCUUCAUCUUGUAUAUACUUAAAACCCAGUGCUCCGAUUUUGGUGGCCGAUUUGGCGGCGAAGGGUGAGACGGGAACCAAGUGUUGAUCAUCCCGU